AUGACCAUUACCGCGUCCGGAGAAAUUGAGUCUGUGAAUGGUGUUGACCAAGAUGAACAGGACGACGCCUUGGAGAUCGAAGAAGCUGUGGCCAAGCCGGACAAGGGAGAACUACUCAUGAUCCGACGAGUCCUCAACACCAGCCAAUCACCGGACGAUACGCAUCAGCGAGACAACAUUUUCCCUAUGCGUUGCAUUGUAAGUGGGAAGGUUUGUGGAUUGAUCAUCGAUGUUGGAUCUUGCACUAAUGUUGCAAGUUCUUACAUGGUCAAGAAACUAUCUCUUAACACCAAAAGCCACCCAAAACCUUAUAAGCUCAAAUGGUUGAAUGACAAAACCAUGAUUCAAGUUAAUGAACAAGUCACGGUUCUGUUUAGUGUAAGCCCUUAUAAAGACCAAGUCUUGUGUGAUCUGGUGCCAAUGCAAGCUAGCCACCUCCUUUUGGGGAGUCCAUGGCAGUUUGACAAAAGGACCUCUCAUUGCGCCACACCAACCAAUAUUCUUUUGUGCAUGAUAACAAGCGUUAUUUGUUUGAAACCUUUGAGUCCUACACAAGUUUGUGAGAUGCAAUCGAAAUUGUCUAAGGAUCCAGACGCUAAAAUGAACUUUUUGAUCACUGCUAGUGUUGUUAGGAGAUCACUUAGUGACUCCGCUUGUCAAGUGUUAUUGAUGGUGUUUAAAGAUGAUGUGAGUGCAGAUCAUGAACAGGAUGAUGUUCCGGCCGUGAUCAAGUCACUCCUACGGCGUUAUCAAGACAUCUUUCCAGAAGAGUUACCGCACGGCCUACCACCAUUGCGAGGCAUUGAUCACCAGAUCGAUCUCCUACCCAGCGCACAACUACCUAAUAGACCCGCGUACCGCGUGAACCCUGAAGAGGCCAAAGAGUUAGAACGUCAAGUAGCCGAUCUCAUGAAGCAAGGAUACUUGCGAGAGAGCCUAAGUCCGUGUGCGGUGCCGGUCCUGUUGGUUCCAAAGAAGGAUGGGACGUGGCGCAUGUGCGUAGAUUGCCGAGCAGUGAACAACAUCACCAUUAAGUACCGCCAUCAUAUCCCACGCCUGGACGACAUGCUUGAUGAACUUAGCGGUUCCACCAUCUUCUCCAAGAUAUUCCUUAAAAGUGGCUAUCAUCAAGUGAGGAUGAAAGAGGGAGAUGAGUGGAAAACCGCGUUCAAAACCAAGCAAGCAAGAGUCUUGAUGAGCAUUUAG